UCUAUCUUGUUUGAGACCCAUGUGUUGAUCCAUCUAGUUCUGGGUUUCUCAGUAGAAGUUUUUGACGAUGAUAAUAAUAAUAAUAUCUUCUUGUUAUUAUUAUUAUUAUUGUUAAAAACUUUAUCAACUGGGUUUGUUCGGGAGGAUUUAAAGAGGAAAAAUGGGUUGCUUCUUAUGGUGCAUUACUCCGAAUGAGAAAGUCGUCAAUACAGAUGGUCCAACAGAUUUUUCGAAACGCAGGGCCGAAUUGAAAUCCAUUACAUUCAAAUCAAUUGUUUCUACUAUUUCACUCAAGACAGGUAGCAGCAGGCAGAGAAGGAUAACCGCUGAGAUACAAAAACAUGGAACUGUACAAAAUGAAGCCAAGGUUUUCACAUACAAAGAACUCGGUGAUGCAACUGACGGUUUCAGCGAUGAACACAGAAUAGGCGAGGGGGGAUUUGGGGUUGUCUACAAAGGACGCAUACAAAAUAUUGAUCAAGUUGUGGCUGUGAAGCAACUGGACAGGCAAGGAAGGCAAGGAACUAGAGAAUUUAUUUCAGAGGUUUUGAUGUUGAGCUUGUUGAAGCAUCCAAACCUUGUCAAUUUGAUUGGUUAUUGUGUUGAAGACGACCACAGGAUUUUAAUCUACGAAUACAUGCCCCAGGGGAGUCUAGAAGAUCAUCUCCUAGAGUUAGCUCCAAAUAAGAAGCAUUUGUCUUGGGAUAUGAGGAUGAAAAUAGCUGAGGGAGCUGCGAGAGGGCUUGAGUAUCUACAUGAAAUUGCUGAGCCAAAAGUAAUAUACCGUGAUUUCAAAGCAUCUAAUGUACUGUUAGAUGACGAUUUCAAUCCCAAGCUUUCUGAUUUUGGAAUGGCAAAAAUGGGCCCAACACAAGGUCAACUUUAUAUCACUACAAGGGUCAUGGGAACCUAUGGCUAUUGUGCACCAGAGUAUGCUGCCUCGGGGCAGCUAACGAGCAAGUCUGAUGUUUAUAGCUUUGGUGUUGUGCUUUUGGAGAUAAUCUCUGGCAGAAGAGUUAUUGACGUUGCAAGAUCAGCAGACGAGCAGAACCUAAUUCAAUGGGCACAACCUCUGUUUAAGGACAGAAGCAAGUUUACGCAAAUGGCUGACCCCUUGCUUGAGGGUAGCUACCCUGAGAAGAGCCUGUUUCAAGCUCUUGCAGUGGCAGCAAUGUGCCUGCAAGAGGAAGCUGAGGCAAGACCUUCAAUGGGUGAGGUUGUGGAAGCGCUAGAGCUUCUAACAAAGCCAAAAGAUAGAGAAUUAUGAGAACACCUGGAUCCAUGGUCAGAACUGCUAGCCACAUUGAAUCAUUUAGAGCACACUAAAAAGACCAACAGAUGUAGAGUCAUCACCAAAAACUGGAGUUUCAUGCAAAACUAGACUGGCAUUACGAACCAGAGAGGGGUGUUAGAUCUGAUAAUGUAUGCGCGUGCGCGUGCACAUGUGAAGCUAAAAGUGCUACAUGCUUUAGAAAGAGUUGCUAGAGUGCUUGACAAUUUGAUCUUCAAAAUGAGAAAUUAUCCAACUCUCGCAACGCAAUCUGAAAAAAAGCAUAAUAAGCUUCAAGAGUUGGUCUCAAUGCAAGUGCAAACUGACGCAUGAAACAACUUCAACGGCUGGUUUGAUGGUGAAAACAAGCAUGUGAUGUGUGAUUAAGUAUUAAAUCUUGUCAAUUUCUUGGGGGUAAAGUCACUAGGAAUUUCUUCGCAAUCCCCUUAAUUUUUGUAUGAAUUACCUGCCUCUCACUGGAUUAGAGAAGUGGAUUAAUUGAAUUGCAUGCAAACAGUACCAAACACUACUUGAUUGUGAUACAAAGGGAAAACAAAUUUAGUUAACUCCGGAGAAAUACUUGCAUUAUAGCUGAAAGUUGUAACUAGGAAUUCUGUUUAAAUCGAUUAUUGUUUUCUGCAGUUGUGUAUCUUCUCUCCUUCCUAUUCCAAGUCAUAAAAUCAAGACUAAGAAGUUGGGUUGGGAAUAGGCUCUGCAAGAAAUUGUGACUACGAUAUAUGGCUGAGCUUUCUGAGAACUUCCUAGCCUUCUUAACUCGAACUUGGUGCAGUACUUAAUUUCCUUCUUCAGUAAAGUUCCAAAGCUGCUCCUUGUGCCCAUAGCAAUAGGAGCAGGAGAAACAGCCAUUUUUUAUCUUGGAAUUUGGAGACUGUAACUCUACUUUUCUAGUGUAAUAUUUAGUUGUUGAGAUGAAAGGUAUGAAGGAGAAUUAUAGAUGGUGAAA